AUGGCGACAGAAGAAGAUAUCUCUGUACCUCUCAACAUCGACUCUGCUGAGGAGCUGGUGUCUUCGCCUAGCGAGUCUGAGCCCGCGUCUAUCGACUGUUCGUCAGCAGAAGGGACCUCGAGCUCGUCGUCUGUCGAUGCGGAGCAGGACAUGGACACGGGACCCAAGACAGACGGGAAGGGCGACGACGUCAAGCAAGACAACGGGCAAGAAAAGGAUACACAGGAUAACGAGAAAGACAGCGAGAAAGAGGAUAAACUGGCGGUGCCAGCUGCCGUCCUGCCUCCACGGCCCGAUAACCCGCGGCGAUGGACUUGGAGAUGCCACAAGUGCCAUACACACUAUGCCCUCGCGGUGACGAACCGAUGCCUGUCCGACGGGCACUACUUCUGCUACGGCCUUGCACAGGGCCGCAAGCACCGGGGGCGCCGCCAGAGGCAGGUCAAGGGCGAGAGCAGCCUGGGGACUGCCUGCAAUUCCUCCUUCGACUACGCCGGAUGGGAGGCCAUGGCCGUCUGGCAGAGGCACGCCAGGCAGCAAAAGGGCAUCAGUCCAUCCCCAGGCUGUUUGCAAGACUGCAGAUACCCAGGGGAAUGCAGCCAAAGCAGACUCUACAGCAUCCCUCGCCCGUCGACGCUGGCAGGACUGUCGGCUGGAGAGACAGACGCCCAACCACCGAAUGUACGUCCCCAGCUUGCCCCUUACCCGGAAGACGCUUCUUGUGUGUACGAGAUCUUUGACCAUCUCAUCCACGCUUCCCACUGA